AUGGGUCGUCGAUUGCAAUAUUUAGUUAAAGUCAGUGUUGAACACGAUCAACCAUUGAUAGCUGCAGGACUAGUACUAGCAGUAAUUUCACUACCCUUGUAUAUUCAUUUUACAAUAAUCUUAUCAAACAAUUAUCACAGUACUAAUAUCGAAUUGAACAAUUCGUCAGACAUUGCAGCACCCAGCGGAUCUUUAACAAGCUCUGUACAAUUAUUUUCAUCGAAAACGCCUGAAAUAUCAUCAGAAAGUUAUCCUUUACUAUAUGAAACAUCUGGUUUUCCACUUGGCAAUACUCUUUAUUAUAAUCUCAAUAGCAAAUGUCAAAAUAAUGGUUAUAUUAGUAGCGUCAAUUGUCGUCUAUUCAAUAAAUGGAAAGAUGAUACUGAAUUACUUUAUUUACUUGUCUUAUCGGGAUGGAUGCUUCAGCAUGAUAUUACCAAUCGUUAUGCCACUAAUCCUAAGAAAAAUACCACAGAAUAG